AUGGCAAUCAGGCUGAAUUUGUUCGUCGUCUUUCUGAUGAUGUGGUGUGCAUAUUAUUUUACGGAGGUAACAAAUUUGGAAUUUUCAAACGUACAGUGCGAGUCUUUGGAUAAGGACAUUGCGGUGUUUGAACAUUGUUUUUUGAAAUCUGUAAACCAUUCUUACAAAUAUGUCUCCAUUAAAGUUAAAAUCCUAUAUCCCGUAACCAAAGCUAAUGUGCGUUUUGGUCUCUAUAAACGGUUAAAUGGCUAUAAGCCUUUUCUCUACAAUAUGUCUUUCGACGCGUGCCGAUUUCUGAAAUCGUCGAAUCCCAAUGUGGUUGCCCUUUAUUUUUACAAUUUUAUCAAAGAUUAUUCUAACCUGAACCACACGUGUCCCUUUAACCAAGAUAUUGAGCUGAAGAUGCCGUAUCAUAGUCUAAAUAAUAAGGUCACCGAAGUACUGCCAUUUCCGGAGGGAAAUUAUACGUUUGAAGCGCACUGA